CAACUGCCGUUGCUCCCAGCAUUUUGUAUUACUGACUACAAAUCUCAAGGUAGGACAAUGCCCAAAGUGAUCCUUGACAUUGAAAGUGCGCGUUCCAUUCAAUCAGCUUAUGUGAUGAUAUCACGCGCUACAGCACUGGAAAACUUGCUGAUUUUGCGCCCUUUCAACCCCAAACGUAUUAUGUCUCACAUG